CCUGUCAAAGCUGGCGCUUGUUGCGGCGCUCUGGUUUUUCCGUUAUUUGCCAAAGUGCUUCAACUCCUCCACUUACACUUAAUUAUUGGCUUUUUUAUUUAGACAGAAAACUGUGCUGAAGUGUCAGGACGGGGCUUAAAUGUUUGGGAUACAGGAGCAUCUGAUACGAGAAGCGAGCGGAUUAAAAGAGAGAAGUCUUGGAGAAGAGAUGGAUCCGGUCCGGUCGUGGGUGCGCAAUGUCGGGGUUGUGGAUGCGAACGUUGCAGCGCAAAGUGGAGUUGCUCUGUCAAGAGCUCACUUUGAGAAGCAGCCACCUUCAAAUCUACGCAAGUCCAACUUCUUCCACUUCGUGCUGGCCCUCUACGACAGACACGGACAGCCCGUGGAAGUGGAGAGGACUGCAUUCGUGGACUUUGUUGAGCAUGAAAAGGAGCAGACGGGGGAAAAGACCAACAACGGAACACGCUACAAGCUGCAGCUCCUCUACAGCAACGGUGUACGCACUGAACAGGAUCUUUAUGCACGACUUAUUGAUUCUGUCACCAAACAGCCCAUAUCCUAUGAGGGGCAAAACAAGAACCCAGAAAUGUGCAGAGUUCUGCUCACACAUGAGGUUAUGUGCAGCCGCUGUUGUGAAAAGAAAAGUUGCGGUAACCGGAAUGAGACGCCUUCUGAUCCCGUCAUCAUUGACAGAUUUUUCUUGAAGUUUUUCCUGAAGUGCAACCAGAAUUGUUUGAAGACAGCCGGAAACCCGAGGGACAUGAGGAGAUUUCAGGUGGUGUUGUCCAGCACGGUGAGUGUAGACGGCCACAUCCUCGCAGUAUCUGACAAUAUGUUUGUGCACAACAACUCAAAACAUGGUCGGAGAGCCCGCAGGCUGGAACCAGGGGAGUCGGUUGAGAACACAAUGGAAUAUGCUACACCAUGUAUCAAAGCCAUCAGUCCCAGUGAGGGCUGGACAACCGGCGGAGCUAUGGUCAUCGUCAUUGGGGAGAACUUCUUUGACGGGCUGCAGGUGGUGUUUGGCAGCAUGCUGGUCUGGAGUGAGCUGAUCACGCCCCAUGCUAUCCGUGUCCAAACUCCUCCUCGCCACAUCCCUGGGGUCGUAGAGGUCACCCUGUCUUAUAAGUCGAAGCAGUUCUGCAAGGGAGCACCUGGACGCUUCAUCUACACAGCCCUGAAUGAGCCAACUAUAGACUAUGGGUUUCAGCGGCUCCAGAAGGUCAUUCCUCGACAUCCUGGUGACCCAGAGAAGUUAGCAAAGGAGAUCCUCUUAAAGAGAGCAGCAGAUCUUGUGGAGGCUCUGUAUGGAAAUCCACACAGUAAUCAGGACAUGUUGCUGAAACGUGCUGCUGACAUUGCUGAGGCGCUGUACAGCGUUCCUCGUCCUCACAGUCAGCUGCAGGCGCUGCCCAGUUCACCAGCCCACGGCAGUGUCAUGGGCCUGGGCUCCUACCCGUCGCAGUUAGGUGUCAGCAUUGGGGAGCCAGGACAGAGCAGCCAAGGUUACAUACGGAAUUCCAGCAGUUUGUCUCCUAGGGGUUACCCUUCAGCCUCAACUCCUCAACAGUCAAGCUACGGCGGUGGCGGAGGGAUGACUGGAGGUUAUGGGACAGUUCCUAUGACAAGCCUAGGAGUUCCUGGCUCUCCUGGUUUCAGCAGUGCAUCUCCCACAGGAUCUCCAUACAUAAUGCCGUCCAGUCCUACUAUACCGGGAAGUUCCAGCUCCUCUUCAUCCCUUUUGCCUUUCUCCUCCUUCCCGUCUGCUGCUAAACAGAAGAGCGCUUUUGCUCCUGUCCUCAGGCCCCAGGGCUCCCCCUCCCCCGCCUGCCCCGCCUCAGGGGGAAACAGCUUCAGAGGUAGCCAUCCAACUCACUAUCUGACCCCGCUCUCUGAACUCACCAAUGCAGUCUAACCCCUUGUACUAACCACACGAUAAGCUUUGACCGAACAAGACAAAAAUUGCUGGAUGUACAAUAAUGCAAGAUCAGAUCGAUUAGAAUCAUAGAUUUUGUGUAUUUUUUCUCUCCAGCAAUGACGGGCCUGGUUGUACCCCCGAUGUAGCAAAGCACCCACCCCAAUCUACCCCAGACCACUGCUUCACUUAGCCCCUCUUUUGGCACUGAGGGGGCAGGGAGAACGGAAAUUUGACCUGUAGUAACCAUGCAUAGUUAUCCUCCCUGAGGCCCCACCGUUUCUUAUCCCCUUUUUUGUCCUGGUGGAUGAAUAGGACUGUGUACAAAAUUGUCCAAAGACUAGUUGUCUACUCCAGAGGCAGAGGAGUUGACUUCACCCAACAAGUUCAGAUGGUGAACCCCCUUAGCUCACAGCAAGUGAAUGGAUCUCUACCCUGUGUGUCAAUUUGGGUGGAUGUUCAAAAGCCAACAGAGGAAAACUGGUUUGAAACUCGCCGCAAGCUUGAAAAAUAUGAACAUUAUCUGUGGGGAACUAUCUCACACAAUAUGAUUCUUCCAACAUCUGUCCAAAAUGUGGCUGGAGGAGUGAGCAGAUUUGUCACAAGAGCACUGGUGGAUCACGGACACCUCUGGAAUAAAGUUGCAGCUCUUAAAAGCAGGGUGCUAUUUGUCUCUGUACGGACAUCUUUGAUGGCAUGUGUGAUCUCUGUCUGUGAGUUAGCAAGAAGUUAUUAUUUAA